CUUAAAAGAAAGAAAUAUCUGAACUAGGAAGGAAGGAUUCUUCAAUGUUUCCUUAUCCAUAGCUUCAGAAUCUGGCCACCAUUUUAUUAUCAUAUCAUAUCGAUAAGGAACUACAGAAGCAGUGGAAGAUAUGUCAGUUUCUCUACUCCCAAUUGAUCAUCUUUCAAUAACAAAAGCUUUCCAAAUUCACGCCAGCUACUUCAAUCCUUCCACAACCAUCUCAAGAUGUAGGCACAAAUGCUCCCUAGUCAGAUGUUGUGAUAGAAGAAGGGAAGGGAGUGCAAGAAUAAAGAAGAAUUACUAUGAGUUGCUGGGAGUUUCAGUUGAUUCCAGUAACCAGAAAAUUAAGGAGGCUUAUAGGAAGUUACAAAAGAAAUAUCACCCUGAUAUUGCUGGACAGAAGGGCCAUGAGGACGCUCUGAUGCUGAAUGAAGCCUAUAAUGUCCUGAUGACAGAUGAUCUUAGGACAAAGUAUGAUGCUUCCAUUGGUCAUAUGACAGUGCAGAUUGGGAAAAACAACUAUGUUAAUGUCAUGGGUUCCAGCUCAUGGAAAGGGCCAUUGAGACCCCAAGCUCUGUUUGUUGAUGAAAAUGCAUGUAUAGGGUGCAGAGAAUGUGUGCACCAUGCUAGCAACACGUUCAUCCUGGAUGAAUCAAUUGGAUGCGCACGAGUAAAAACUCAAUAUGGAGAUGACGACCAAAAAAUAGAGGUAUCAGUUGAAUCAUGUCCUGUGAACUGCAUCUACUGGGUGGAUAGGGAAGAAUUGGCACUUCUUGAAUUCCUAAUUCAACCACAACUAAAGCAAGGUUAUGGUGUAUUUGGGCAAGGCUGGGAUAGACCUGCUAAUGUUUUCACGGCAGCAAAGACAUUGAGCAAGCAGUUGAGACAGGAGGCUGAACAUAAUCACAACAAUGUGCAAACAACUGUAGAGGAAGAAACCCCUGCUCAAGCAGAGGCUCGUGCCAACGCUGCCUUGAAAAUCAAGAUGGAGAGCUUCUCAAAAAUCUGGGAUUCAUUGAAUGGAAUUUUUGGUUAAAAUAGUUCAUUUGGGACCACUUCAGAAAAUAUUAAACUUUCCUAGUUAUGCUUCUUUGCAUACUCCUUUAAGAUGUUUAGGAAGUCAGAAGAGAGGGGAAGAAAA